ACUACCUAGCCACUUGGCACUAAGAAGCAAGCAGAGGCAGAGCCCCCACACUACCAGCCCAAAAUUCACCCAAAGCCCCCUCCCUCUCUCUCUCUCUCUCCCCCUGUGUUUCCUAGUCCAUCGAGAGGCUGCUUGCCUGGUAGUAAUGAUAAUGCCUAAGCUUGUAUGUGUCUUGCUUCUGGCUAUCCUUGCCAUUUCCAUGGUUGCAAACCAGGUCAUGGCAAAAGAUACCCAGCGCCAUCUUGACAGUGGAAAGUAUGGACCUGGAAGUCUGAAGAGCUACGAAUGCCCAUCGCAAUGCAGCAGGAGAUGCAGCAAGACACAGUAUCAUAAACCAUGCAUGUUCUUCUGCCAAAAAUGCUGUGCGAAGUGCCUAUGCGUGCCUCCAGGCUACUACGGAAACAAAAGUGUAUGCCCCUGCUACAACAACUGGAAGACCAAGCGUGGAGGCCCCAAAUGCCCUUAAAUCACUUUGCUAUUGGAAAAUGCUUUGCUUUGCUUUACUUUACUUGGUCAUUAAUUCUAUGACCUCUAUUCUAUUUUAUUUUAUGGCUCCGUUGGGUUGGGCUCCCCAUAUGAGAAGCUUAGUGCUGCCCAAAUAUGUGCUCCUUUUUUUUAAUGUCUUUCUCUUCUAAAUUAGUAAAAAUUGCACCGCUUUAUCCUUUA